AUGAUCCUCGACAAUGAAGACGAGAUGCAAGUCGGAGGGAAAAUGCAAUUGACAGACGAAGAAGCGAUAGCGAACGACAUAAUUAUGAAGUACAAGAACGAGGAAUUAUCCCGGGCGUUCCACAAUCCGCGCCACUUUAACUUCUCUAGGCAUUAUUUCAGCUACAAACACCAGAUAGAUCAAUCAAAUUUGUACCAGAUUAUACGAAAAAUGCCGAAGGGCGCCGCGCUCCACAUACAUAGCUCCCUAAUGCUGAGCGCGGAUCGCGUAAUGGAGCUAACGUAUGAGGACCACUUAUACGCUUGCUUCACGAAAUCUGAAUUGGACUUACAGUUCUCAAUAUCUGUCCCCCGGCGACCUUGCCCGCACGAGUGGCGUCUCUUGAGCGAAUUAAGGAAUGAAUCUAGUGACGUCACCGCCCUUGACGCAGAGCUACGCAAGUACUUUACCCUCUACACCGACAACGAAGAUUCUAUGAGAGCGGAUAUCAACUACACGUGGAAUAGAUUCAAUAGAGUGGUCAAAACUAUUGGAUCUCUCAUCUCAUACCGACCGGUGCGAGAGAAGCACUUCUAUGAAGGGUUAAAGGAGUUCUACGACGACAAUGUCCGGUAUAUGGAGGUGAGGAGCGGAUUAGCAAGGUUAUACGAGUUAGAUGGGACUGUACAUAACAUUACGUACCUGGCGCAUCUAUUUAAUAGAGUCGCAAAUAGAUUUAAAGAGGAAUAUCCCGAUUUCCAUGGAAUCAAAUUGAUCGUGACGCGAUGGCGGGGCGCAGAUGUGACGCAGAUUAAAGAAAUCGUAGAUGCGGCACAUCAAGUGAAGAAGGAAUUGCCAGAAAUCUUCGCCGGUUUCGAUCUAGUAGGCCAGGAAGAUGUUGGCCGACCGCUGAAAGACUUUCUUCCCGUGCUAUCGGAGGCUCAAGAGGACAUGAAUUUCUUCUUCCACGGCGGCGAAACUAACUGGUUUGGUACUUCUACAGAUGAGAAUCUAGUGGACGCAGUUCUGCUUGAUUCCAAAAGAAUAGGCCACGGUUACGCGUUAAUAAAACAUCCAGCAUUAAUGGCGACGGUAAAACAAAAGGACAUAGCAAUAGAAGUGAAUGUUAUAUCAAAUUCCGUGUUAUCUUUAGUCUGUGACGUUCGGAAUCAUCCCUUAGCCACUUAUCUGGCUUUAGGCUUGCCUGUAGUGAUAUCUAGUGAUGACCCUGGCGCAUGGGAGGCAGAUCCAAUGUCCCAUGACUACUACGUGACGUUCGCUGGUGUUGCCAGUAAGAAAUCAGAUUUGAGACUCUUAAAACAGCUAGUUAUAAACUCUAUUAGAUAUAGUACAUUAGAUGAUAGAGGAAAAACAUCUAUGUUUAAAUUAUUUCACAGAGACUGGUCCCAAUUUAUUCAGAGUAUGAUAACGAUUGAUCCGAUGAGAUAA